AACAAGAUAUACAAAGAAAAAUGUCAGUUACAGUAUCUAUAGAAUCUAACUAUUCAAUGUUGAUUUUAUGUUUUGUUUACACAGGCUUGUAGACGUUUUUUGGUCGCCUGUGUCAGCUGACUAUGAUGUCAUCACGUCAAACAAAUUCGUGCGUCGAACACAGGAAGUUGAAUUAUCAGCUGAUCCUGCUGGCUGUUGUUGAUACCUGAAGUUGCUGUUGUUUGGAUACUGUGUUGCUCUGAUCUGCUCCUGACAUUGAAGACACAUUCAACCCGAACAUUUACCGAGCAUUGGACAUUUACCGGCUGACGAGCUUAUUGGUUACAAAUGAAACGUCUCGCAGCGAGGACUUUGAAUUUAGCGCACUAGAGCAGAAGUGUUAGCUCCAAAGCUUGAAGAGAGAAAGAGAGAAAGACAGCCGACGGCUUGGUGUGCUCUCUUUGUUUAUGUCGUGCCAGUCUAAACCGUGAGAUUAAUGGUAUUUGUCUUGAAUUUAGAACAUUGUUUUCUGCGCAUACGUUAUUUAUGUUUAUACUCUGUUACCAAUAGGCGGAAGACAGCUAGCUCUGUAGCUAACGUUAGCUCAUAGCGCAAAGAAAACAGUGUUGUUGUCAAGCUUUGAUGCUUUCAUAACCGCCCGGCAGCGACACAUAAGCUAACAGUGGGAACAGUCGGGUUUGGGGACAUUAUUAUCGUGUCUCUAUAUUAUGUCUGUAGCUGUUUUCCACUGGAACAGGGACACAGCACUGUAACCGAACUAGUUGGUGUUAAUUGAAGCCUGUUGGAGACGUGUUUGGCUGUUGAACACUGCUUGUUUACUCCAAAUCGAGUACAUUAAUUUUUGUUCGUUUUUAAAAAAAAAAUCCGUAUCGAUUUUAAACCACAGAAACGGGUACUAGGUGAACUGAUAUCUGUCCUUGUACGUUUUGUUCCUGACAGAUUGCGUAAUUUGUUUGUGUGUGAGCUGUCAGUCUUUGCUGGGUUGCUUGAUAAAACCUAUGUAUCUCUGUAAGCCUUAGGUGGCUCACUGGAAGUCCUUUUAAAUAUUUAACACAUUUUAUCACAUAUGACGUGUGAGAAAGUGGCCACCUUUUACUGUAACCCAUAGACUGAGUAGGUAUUUGAUGCCCAGACUCCAUAUAAGUAGGUAGAGUUAUGAAUUAAAGAAGCCAUCUGAAGCUAUUGCAAGACUAAGCUGUGAUCAGGGAAAGAGAGAAAGGGUCCCUCAGAGGGUCCCAUUGUGUCUUGAGGUGAGGUGACCCCCCCACUACUUGCCAAUGCUGGAUCUGGAGGUGGUGCCUGAGAGAUCACUAGGAAAUGAGCAAUGGGAAUUCGCCUUAGGGAUGCCAUUGGCCCAGGCCAUCUCUAUUUUGCAGAAACACUGCCGCAUCAUAAAAAAUGUACAGGUGCUAUACAGUGAACAGACACCACUCAGCCAUGACCUCAUACUGAACCUGACUCAGGAUGGGAUUAAACUGCUGUUUGAUGCCACAAAUCAGAGACUCAAGGUGAUUGAAGUGUAUGACCUGAGCAAAGUCAAGUUGAAAUACUGUGGAGUCCAUUUCAACUCUCAGGCCAUUGCUCCUACAAUAGAGCAAAUUGACCAGUCAUUUGGAGCUACGCACCCUGGAGUUUACAAUGCUGCAGAGCAGUUGUUCCAUCUCAACUUUCGAGGCCUGUCCUUCUCCUUCCAACUGGACUCGUGGAAUGAAGCUCCAAAAUACGAGCCUAAUUUUGCCAUGGGUUUGGCCUCCCUGCAGAUUCCACAUGGGGCCAUGGUCAAGAGGAUGCACAUCUACACUGGCAACAACCUGCAAGAAACAAGAGCGCCAGCGAUGCCGUUGGCUUGUUUCCUUGGCAACAUCUUUGCAGAGUGUGUGGAUGUCCUGAGAAAUCAAGCAGGGCCUCUGGGGCUCAAACUCCGCCUUAUCACUGCAGGCUGUGGUCCAGGUGUGAUGGCUGAUUCUAAAGUCAGGUCUCUAGAAAGGUGCAUCUACUUUGGAGAUUCCUGUCAGGAUGUGCUGGGUGCUCUGGGCUCACCACAUAAAGUCUUCUACAAGUCUGAGGACAAGAUGAAGAUCCACUCUCCAUCCCCUCACAAGCAGGUUCCUUCAAAAUGUAACGACUACUUCUUCAACUACUUCACCCUCGGAGUGGAUAUCCUGUUCGACUCUACAACUCACCUGGUGAAGAAGUUUGUCCUCCAUACCAACUACCCCGGACAUUACAACUUCAAUAUAUAUCAUCGAUGUGACUUUAAGAUUCCACUAGUCAUUAAGAAAGGAGCUGAUUCUCAGACGGAGGACUGCAUCCUAACCACCUACAACAAGUGGGAUCAGAUUCAGGAACUGCUUGGUCACCCCAUGGAGAAGCCUGUAGUACUUCACAGGUCUUCAUCAGCCAAUAACACCAACCCCUUCGGCUCCACCUUCUGCUUUGGACUGCAGAGGAUGAUCUUUGAGGUGAUGCAGAAUAACCACAUAGCAUCCGUGACCCUCUAUGGUGCUCGAACCGCUAGUCAAGCCCGACCCGAGUCUAGUAGUAGUUCCCACUGAACAAGUAACUAGAACCACGUCCCAUUCUGGCCUGUCCUGAAUCUAGUACCUUGCUGAGUGCUGACUGAACCUCUAACCCAGAGCCAGAUUCUUAACCAAGCAAACGAAAACCCAGAACAACAAAGUCAUUCAUACCCAGCUCAGAAGCUACUCAUUGAAGAGAAACAUUGCAGAACCCAGACCUGGCAUUUAUCAAGCAUUCCUGGUGACUUACUCUUCCAACACCCACCCAGUCGACACAGUCAACCAAAACCCAGACUAUCCCAGGACCCAGGAUCUAGAGACAUGGUCGCAGUGCUGGACCACUGAUGCUUUGACACGAAACUAACGAUGUCUCGGUUGUGUGGGAAUAUCACGGUGGUGCUGCUGCGAACGGACACGGUGAAGAAAUCUGUGCUGGAGUAGAGCUCAAUCGUUUUCAUCUGGCGACUGAAGUUGCCCAGGAUGAUGGAAGAAGAGUCUGUCCAGACUGUAGUUCCAAUGGCAUAUAAUGGCAGCCUGUAAAUGACAAUAACCUCCAUUUCAUUGUGGUGAGAUGAUCAGCAUUUAAUUGUCAUCUGCAACAAAUCUCUAUGAAAACUGCUGUGGCCAAAGUCUUGAAACAAACUCUUGCUUGAUCCACUGAAUGAACAUCAAGGAACCACACUGCCAGCGCAACCAGUACCGCCUGUCUUCCUGCCACAACUUCAGAACCAGGCCCAGGAACCGGCUCCCUCAAAACCCUCACAUUUAAACCGCAAGAACCCACCCAGCCCCACCAAGGGCCAUCAGAGCCAAACGCAUCAGAGGCUGCAGAGGACUGUUGAGAGAAAAACACAAGAAUCCAGAUAUUGUCGUAAUAAGAGAAGAGCCAAACACACUCAGGGUUUGGAGUGACAACAAGACCCAGGUGACCAGAUGUGAAGCCUCUCAAAACAGAACCGUUCUCCAUGCUCGUCUCCCUCCUCCACCUUUCUACUCGUCGUCCCUCCGGCUUUCUGCAGCGGUGCCCACAAACACACACACAGCAGUAAACACACACACACACACACACACAGAGGUGUCGGGACUGUAGAACCUGAUAAUGUAAAAAAUUCCCGAUAAUGUAAUAACCCUGAUAAUGUAAUAAAAAUCUGCACUUGAGUCCAUUGAAAAUGUAAUAAAACCUGAUAAUGUAAUAACUUCCCGAUAAUGUAAUAAAGUGCAUUUCCCAAUAAUGACAUACACUUUUUACCAAUAAUGUAAGAAAGUAUGGAAGGUUUUUGAUCAAAUCAAAGAUGGCGGAAAAUCCAAUAUGGCCAAAAAACCCCAUUGAGGAUUCAUUGAGCUCGGAUUGGCCCAAGGGUUCCAGUGAAAAACGGAUCAACGGGUCAAAAGUUAAUAAACAUUUAACUUUGACCUGUUGGUGGCGCUAGAGCUCUUGAGCUAGAGUUGCCUACACAGUAUCACCACUUGAACUCAAGUAAUGGGUGGUCUGCUGUUAAAUUAUUACAAUAUUGGGGAAUUAUUACAUUAUCAGGACUUGAUAAUGUAAUAACAUCCCAUUAAUGUUAUACUUUAUUGAAUUAAAUUAUUGGU